AGUGUCCCGGGCUCGGUUCCCGGGCGGGCGCUGCGCGGGCCCCGCUCCCACACGGCCUGUGCCGGCUGCGCAACACUCGGGAAACCGGCUCUGGCCUCCGUCACGUGAAGCCCGCGCUUUGGCAACCAGGCUGGAGCAAUACCCGCUCACGGAAAGGAAAAUGUGAUCUGCACCUGGGCCUGACGUCAGGCGGAGCAGGAAGCAGCGCUGCGGUCGGAGCCUGCCGGGGAUCGCUCGUUGUGUGGCUGGCCCUUCCCCCGCAGCCGGGCUGGGGCAGGCCGGGAGGACAGGUCUCGGAGAAGAGGAAGCUUUGGGAGAAAAUCCGCCUCGGCAGCUGGCGGAGGAGGCCGAGAGCGGCGAUCCCGGGCGCGCACCAUGCGCGGCUGAGGGGGCCGAGCGGAGCGCGGAGCCAUGGCCCUGCAGCCGCCGGCCCUCGCCCCCAGGGCGGGCUCGGCCCCGGCGCUGUACAUCCACAGCAUGCCCGCCUGGGUGCUGGAGGACUUCUGCCAGAAGAUGGACUGCCUGAGCGACUACGACUGGAUGCGGUUCGCCUCUUACGUGAUCACUGAUCAAACAGAGCUACGGAAAAUCAAGUCCAUGGAGAAGACAGGGAUCAGCAUCACAAGGGAGCUGAUGUGGUGGUGGGGAGUGAGGCUGGCAACAGUGCAGCAGCUCCUGGACCUGCUGCAAGGGCUGCAGCUCUACCGAGCAGCUCAGGUCAUCCUGGACUGGACAUCUGCCUCUAACGUUACCAGCCCUGAGAAAAAGGAGCCAGUAGAGCCCCCCAAACAGGAGAUCACAUCUGUACCUCCCACAGAAGGCCAAAGGAGAGAGAAAGAAAACGAGAUGAGCGUGUUGCCAUCACCAGACUCAGCAGGCAUUUCAGGUGCUGUUUCUGAAGGAGCCUUGUAUUCCCUCCCUGCUCCACCACCUCCCCCGAGAGACCUUUUGAAUUCCCUACAGUCCAGUCCUCCUGUCUCAUCAAGUGUGAAGCCUUGCAGCUCUUCUACUCCUCAGCAGGAGACAAUGGCUGAUCUCCCCAGCGGGAGUCUCCUGUGGGCCCAGAGGGAAGUUACUAAUGCCACGAAUGGUUUCAGUGACAAGAACAGAAUCUGUGAAGGUACUUUUGCAGAUGUCUACAAAGGUCAGAGGAACAACGUAGUGUAUGUCAUCAAAAGACUGAAAGAGCUGGAAUGCACAAGCCCAAAUUCUACCCAGAGGUUCUUUCACACGGAAGUGCAGAUUUGCUUUCGGUGCUGUCACAUCAACAUUCUGCAGCUGCUGGGCUUCUCGGUGGAAACUGGCCUGCACUGUCUGAUAUACCCAUACCUGCCCAAUGGCUCCCUGCAAAACAAGCUCCAGUGCCAGGAUGAUUAUGCUCCACUGACCUGGGAGAUGCGAAUUAGCAUUUCUGUGGGAGUCAUCCGAGCUGUGGAGUAUUUACAUAAUUUUGGAAUUCUUCAUGGGAAUAUCAAAAGCUCAAAUGUCUUGUUGGAUGAAAACUUUACGCCAAAGCUUGGACAUUCUGGCCUGCGAUUGCAUUCUGCCGAUAAAAAAUCAGAAUAUGCCGUGAUGAAAACCAAAGUCCUACAAGCUUCUCUUACUUACCUGCCAGAAGAUUUUAUCAGACAUGGGAAGUUAACAGAAAAAGUGGAUAUAUUCAGCUGUGGUGUGGUCUUAGCAGAGGUACUGUCGGGGCUUAAGGCACUGGAUGAAGGCAGACACCCAAUUUAUCUGAAAGAUAUGAUUGCUGAUGAAAUUCAAACAGCGAAAGAAAGCUCACACUCCAAAGUAAAAACUUUGGAAAAGCUGGCUGCCAAUGAAAUCUGCUGCAAAUACCUAGACAGGAAAGCAGGACACUUGCCAGAAGAGGUUGCAGUUGAUUUUGCCUCAGCCAUCUGCCUCUGCCUGAGAAAGAAGAGUUCUAACAUAGCAGAGGUGCUUGAAAUUCUGGAAAUGGCUGAAAAUAAAUUAAGAGAGCAUUACAUCUGUGGAAGCAGCACGUCCGGCUUCUCCAUGAACACUCCAGAAGAAACCGAUGAUGAGACUGCCAGUCUGAGCAUGGAUGUGCCUUCUGCAGUGGGGAAUAAAGAGGAGAGUGCCCAGGCAGCCAUCCUGUCCAGUGCCAGCCCCUGUGCCCCUUCCAUGGGAGCCACGGCACCCGACACCUUCUGCGGACACACGUCACGGGUCCCUUGUGAGUCAGAUGAGUCCAGUAGUUUCAUAUGGAAUCCUCCAGAAAAAUCCACAGAGGAGCUAUCUAGCCACAGCUGUACCACUUCAGAAAAGGUGGCAGGUUCUGGUCACGGGGUCAAGCAGGAGAAAUCUGCCCAGGGACUGCAGGAGAGGAACGCGGCGUGUGCCAGGGGCGGCGUUGUCCCAGAGACAGCAGCUGCUGCCCAGGGCACCUGUGCACGGGACAGCCUGGACUCCUCCUGUGCUUCACAAGCCUUAGCCAGAGAGACAUCUUGGAAAAUACAGAUAAAUGAUCAAAAAAAGAAGCUCAUGGAAAACAUUUUGCUGUAUGAAGAAGACAAGUUAAACAGUUCUGAACUUUUUGAAUCAUAACUUGGAUGGAUUUAUUAGCAGUGGCCAGCUUAGAAGAAGAAAUAAGGACUGUCUCUUCAUUAGAAAGAUGGUAAAAAUGUGCUUUUCAUGUAAGGUUAAGUAGCAGAUUUGGAUCAGAAACAAAAGUGAUCACACAGAAGCAGCAGAAAAUACUUGUUCUAAAGCACAGUGCCACUCUGUACACAGAAAUUCCUUCUGCCUUUUCAUCUGCAAGGUGAAAAGGAAUGACAAACACAAACAAGUGUCAAGAUAGUUUACAGUCCUUUUGCAGUGUUUCAGAAAACAUCUCCAGCUAACGUUUGUCUCAGUAAGCCACAGUCCCAGGAGUUACAGAGCAAGCACUGCCCAGUAGCCAGGCAGCAAUGCCCUGUGCUGUUAUCCCACUGCAUACCACAAACAGGAAUCCUCAGGGCCGUGGGGAAGUUUUCCAGUGAAUCUGUCCUAUUCCAUCUGAUCUUAGUGCACAUACUCCAAACACUGCAUUACCAGAGAGGGGGGUUCUUCUGCAAGUUCUCAGACGUGUUGUACACAGCUCCAUCCCAGCUGGAACUGCACUGGGCACAGAGGAGAGGAGAUGACUUCAGGCACGUUCCUCUGCCCCCGUGUCUCCUACCCCGGGGUGACACAGGUGACACCACAUAAGCCCAGCCUUCCAGGUCACUGUCAGCACCUCUGACAUGGUGUUUAGUUCUUCAGGGGAAUGCUUUGGGGAAUUAUUUUUUUCUAAGUGUCCUUUAUAUGUCGUUAAGGUUUCUCGUUGUGUUUCACAUUAUACUGUUGUAUAUUAAAAUAUCUUUAAUUUUGUUAUAGGACACUUGAAAUAUAAUUUGUUGUAUUUAUUUUGGCAAUGGGUCAAAGAUAAGCUAGUAAGGGGACCUGUUGAUGGUUCCACACACACCAGGUGUUCUCAGGAGUCCUGGUGGGUGUCCCUUGGCUCACCCAGCAGCAGCACCUCAGACUCAGCCUCGGGGAUCACAUGCAAGAGAAAAAAUAGAAGCUUGUAUGCUGGUGUAUUUAUGAUCAAGUGAAAGCCUCCUUAAGAAAGUGUCACUUUUGUUUUUAUGACAUUUAUUAUUUGUGUUAUUGCUAACAUUCCACUUGUGCAGUCUAGGGAAAUACUGAUUUAUUAUAAACCAAAAGAACUAUCAGAGCAUGUAGCUCAGCUUACAGACAGGAGACUGCUGCCUCCUGAGCACAGGGAAUAGGGCAUGAUGUGCAGAAAUGGCUACAAUUCACAGUGCAAUUCAGGGAAUAUUAAAAAAAAAUAUUAAUUAUAUGUAAUUAUUCUCAUUGGAAUUCUAUAAUAGUAUAUUUUCCUGGCUUUACAUGAGGGCCUCAUACCUUCUAUUUUUGUAGAGUACUUAGUUCAUUUUAGGUAUUAGUAUGAGCAAGUAAAAGUAUUUUAACUAAAGAGUACUAUAAUCAUACUUAUCAAAUUAAUUUCUACACUAAAAACUGUUAAAAUCCCUUAAUUAUAAGUGCCUUGAAUACUGUCUAUAUGUUUGCCAGUGUCAGAUUUUUUUAAUUUUACCAGAAUCAAAUCAAGACAACAUUAGCACUGAUAUAAGAAACAUUGAGUAGAUUCAGAUUGGUCAAUAACCACUUAAUUCUGUAGAUUUGAGAUACUUUAUGCUGCUGAAAAUGUAAUCUUUGUUGUUUUUCAUGGGUAUAUUUUGGGACAUCCAUGGUAAAAGCCUCGGGUCUCCCUCAGGAAGGACACGUGGACACACCACAGAGCUGAAUGGGAAACCCGGAGUUUUAAACUGAGAAAUGUCAUUUGUUCUGUUUCACAAAAGUGCUUUACAGGUUUUGUUCUCUUGUAGUCAUCUAAUUUAAUUGUUAUUCUUUGCCUUGUUCCAUGCUAAUUUCUAAAUAUUCUGAGGUGAUAUAUGUGGUCCUGUAGAGUUACACAUGUAUUUAAUGUAACAUAUGUAAGACAGUGCAUGGUCUUACAUUGAUACAGUUACAUAACUUGGCUAUUCAGAGGCAAGUUUAUACAUUACUAUUUGCUAGUAGGAUUGUGAGUAAAAUACUGAAAAAAAUA